CAGAGUAGAGUAGUAUAGCGAGGCAGAGAGGCAGGCAGAAAGUGAGCGAAGCGACAAGAGCAUAUAGUUAGUCCUCCUUGUCGUCGUCGUCAUCUCGUGUGGUGUGCACACGAUCAUAUAUAUAUAUUAAGAUUUAUAUAUAUAUAUAUGUUUAGUAUAUACAUUAUAUACGAUACAUAUAUAUAAUCGUCCCAAAACAGAGCAGUAGUGUACCGGAAUUUUUUUUUUUUAAUUCUGGCCUCCUCUCUUUGUGUGUGUUUCGUCGUCGUUCUCUCGCUCCUAGCCUAAACUGUACUCUACUAUAACUGUGUUAUUAGAAAUAGACGGAGAGGAAUACCGCAACCUAUAGAUUUUACUCUUAACGUUUAAAACACAAUAAAUAAACAGAACAAAGUCAUGGCUGAUAACCAAGAGAGCACCGGAGCGUCCGCCGCUACCAAUACCGAGCAGCAGCCGCAGAGCAGCAGCCCGCCACAGGCCAACAAUGCCGAACAACAGGCCAGCAGCAAUGCCUCCUCGGCAGCUGCAGCCAACAACGACACGAGUUCCAGCGCUGCUACUGGUGCUGGUGCUGCUAACAACAGCGACGCCGCCAAAGUUAACAAUGAGGCUAGCAAAACCAAUACCAACAGCAGCGAGAACAGCGGCAACACCAAUGCCAAUGCCCAACAGCAGCCCGCUGCUCAACAGCAACAGGGUGGCGAGGCCAACAAGCCGCAACAGGCCACGGCUGGCAUCCCCGGCAAGGACGACGAGAGGAAGCUCUUCGUGGGCGGUUUGACGCGCAACACCACCGAGAACGAGCUCAAAGAGUACUUCACCAAGUUCGGCGAGAUCGAGAGCGUCAGCAUCAAGAUCGACCCAUACACCGGUAUCUCCCGAGGCUUCGCCUUCAUGGUCUUCAACAACCCAAAAGCCAUCGAUAAACUGCUCUCCAGUGGAGAUCACUACAUCAACAAGAGAAAGGUUGACCCAAAGAGAGUAAGUAAGAAAGCUCAACAUGGUAAAAUCUUUGUUGGUGGUCUGACUCCCGAGAUCUCUGAUGAAGAUAUCAAGAACUAUUUUGGCCAGUAUGGAACAAUCGUCGAGGUGCAGGCACCUUUCGACAAGACAAAAAAUCAACGCAGAAGUUACUGCUUUGUUACAUUCGAUUCUAAGGAAGUUGUCUAUAAGCUAUUGAGAACUCCCAAGCAGACGAUCAAUGGCAAGGAGAUCGAUGUUAAGAAAGUCAAAGUCAACCAAGAUCAGCGCCAAGCUUUUUGGAACACUCCCUAUGGAGGCUAUGGAUACGGUGGCGGAUACCAUGGAUAUCUACCAACGACUGACUAUAAUGGUUAUGAUGGUUAUGACAUGUACAAUUUUGAAUACACUGGCUUUGAAGGAUACGAGAAUCUUGGCUAUGGAAUGCCCGGAAAACCACGAAAUGGACCAGCUGAACCAAUGAGAUCGAGAUACAUUCGCUCAACUCAACAGUAAAUAAGAUAAUAACUAUUACAGAAGUUCUAUCCCGAGAAGGAGACUGAUGAUAGGACUCUAAGAGGAGAAAAAACUUUUCUUCCGUUCUUCUUACCUUCCCCUCAGUGCAUAGCCUUUAAUCACAUCUUCUAGCAUGUUGAUCCUGUCAUUUUUUUAUAUGUUAUUUGCAUGAAACAUGCAAUGUAUACGGUUAUACAUCGUAUAAUAAUAAUCUUACGGAAAAUAAGGUCUCAUUUUUAUCAGUUAUACAUAAUGAAUUCAAAAUUCGUAAUUAAUUUCUAUCAACUUGAUAUUCAUUUAUACAUUUAAAAAAGUGUAAUCCGUGUUUUAAUAAUCUUAGAUCUAUAGAGUUUGUUUUCUUUUGUCGCUUGAAUAUCUAAACUUGAAAUGAUAUGCAAAUGAAUGAUUCAUUUUUCGAUACAACUUUUCCUAUUGAAACGUUAUUAUCGUGUUCCUUCAUCAUUGCCUUACUUUCUUAAAACUUAAGUUGUUCUCUUCUAUAUAUGUAUAUUUAUAAAAAAUAUAUAUAUAGAGUAUAUUGAAUGUAUCAAAAUGUGUAUGGAAAAAAUACUAUCAUUUCUGCCAGAGAUGGAUAAAUUGCUUUUAGAUAAUAGUGAAAAGAAAUAACCAUUUGCAAAAAAAUCGAAAACGUGUAUAAUUAAAAUAUUUACAUACCUAACAGUGGGUACUCUUAAAAAUGAUUUUACUAUAUUGUCAUGGGUUGAAAGGUUGUUAAUCCAACUGUUAUUAACCAUUUAGGCACUGCAAGUCCUAUUAACUAUAUGAAAAAAUCGUUGUCAAUGAUAAAAAUUAACUUUCCAUCUACAUCUAUACAAACCGUAUUCUACACCUUUUAGAGGAAGAAUACUUAUUUUGUAAAGGGCAAAUACUAUUUUUUCUUAAUAGCCCUUGAAUACAUAAAACAAUCAUGUAAAAAAAACCAAAAAAAAACAAAAUGUUGAUUUUUUACGUUACAAUGAAUGUAUAGUGAGACUAAAAAUUAGAAACGAGUAAUUAUACAGCAAGAAAACAAAUACGACAGAACUGUAAAAAAAAUGUUGUUGAAAGAAACAAUGGAACAAAAUUUGAUUUGCUUCCGAGUUUUGGCAUUAAGCAUAGAUUAUAUGCAUUAAAGACUGUUCUUCACACAAAUCAUAGAAGACUGUUGUAACGCCCCUUUUUAAUAGCUAUUUUGGAAAAUUCAUCCAAAGAUAUUAUGUUCAUGACCUUAUAAACUCAUGAACUUCAUAAAGUAGAAAUACUUCAAGACUUGAAUAAAUAAAAAAAAUAACUGGGAUAUGAGGCAGCUAGAUUGAUGAAUUUUCUAUAGGAUCAGAGAAAUAAAAUCCAAGCAAUCAGCUAACCGCCCAUAAAGCAUAGAAAUAAAAUUCAAAAAUCGAAACCUAAAUAUGUACAGUUCUUUGAGAAUGACGCAUAAUAUUAAGAGCAAAUUUUAUAAAUAAGUACCGUUGAAAACACUCCUGUUAAUCUUGUGCUUAGACUUUAAUGUGUCCAAUUGUUGAGUUGAAUUUAUCAAUGAAAUAACGAAAGGAAAAAGGUAGAAUGCGUACAUAUAUUUUUCAGCAAGUAUUGUUGUUGAAAGUUAUAAAUGUAAAAUCUUGGAAGUGCAGGCAAAUGUUGAAUAAGUGAAUUAUACACAUCCAAGUUAUUUAAUGAAUUUUUUUUUUAUUACUCGAUUUAUAUACUGAUCGAUCGAUUUUUCAUUACAAAAAAACAAUUUGUACCUAUAAUGAAUUAACACACAACAAUUGUAUAUUUCUCGUUCGAGUCCUGGUGUUCUAAAGGAGACCCUGCUUUUUCGAUUCCUUUUGCGGAAAUGCGAAAAAGCGAGAGUCUAGGAGAAUAUAAGUGUAUAAGAUAUAAAGAAAAAGCCUUAUGAGUGCUUUUGAUGAUGAUAUAAUCUGUAUACUGUGUAUACCGUUUCAUUUCUCAUGGUAAUACAAAAUGCAGUGCAAAAAGAAGAAAAAAAAACGAAAUAUUAUUAAAAAAAAGAAAGUACGGGUGCAAAGAAAA